AUGUACUCUAAAUAACCCAGAGCUGCCUCAGGUUCGAGUCCAAAAUAUUCAAGUAAGGAAAGAGCAAUGCAGCUACUAUAAUCUCAAAAUUAUCAGUAUGUAUCAGGUGUGAACAACAAGUCUCCUUCAAAUACUAAGUCCAAAACAGGAUAAAAUUCACAUCCAUUGAGAGAGUCUAGUUAGAAUCCCACCAACAGAGGUAAUAAUGAGCAACUAGACUUUUAUCAAAUUAACAAAAAUGAAAAAGUGAAUGCCAAAUACUCAACUCAUCAGGGUAAAAAAGUCUCAACUAAUCAAGACUAGAGUCGGUCUUCAACUUCUUCAACAACAUCAGAGGAGGAAACUACAACCUUAGAUAAGAAAAUCCAAAGUUUAAUUACUCAAGUUCAAAAAGAAGUAGAUGAAAACUAACCCUCGACUCGAGGACAAAGCAGUAAUAGAAACUAAGUUUAAGAUAAAGCUCCAGUCUCAAACAACGUACCAAUGAUCUAUUAAGCUCAACAUUAACCCUCGGCUUAAGAAAUAAAACAGCUCUCCUAAUAAAUGCAUUAACGACAGCUAUAAAAUAACGCAAUUUCCCCUACAAGAUUAGCACAAAUGGGAGAUCCGUUACUGCCUCCUCAAACUGAGAGAGAUAGAGGCAAAAAGACAUUGGUACUUGAUCUCGAUGAAACUCUAGUUCAUUCAAGUUUUAAACCUAUUGACAAUCCUGAUAUCGUUCAAGGAGUAGAUAUUGAUGGAAAGAUAUAGUAUGUCUAUGUUUUGAAGAGACCACUUUGCGAGGAGUUCAUUCAAAGAAUGAGUCACAGUUAUGAAAUCGUUAUGUUUACUGCUAGUUUAUCUAAAUAUGCUCAACCACUUUAUGGAAAAUUAGAUAGAGCAUUAGUUACUGCAACUCUCCUCUAUAGAGAGCAUUGUACUAUGUAUAAUGGCUUGUUCGUUAAAGAUAUGGCAAGACUAGGCAGACCUAUGACUGACAUAAUUAUAAUUGAUAAUUCCCCUUCAAGUUAUCUCUUCUAGCCUGAAAAUGCUCUGCCUUGUACAUCUUGGUAUGAUGAUCCCGCAGAUAGAGAGCUUAAUGAAUUAGUACCGAUUCUUGAAAAGCUAGCUAUAGUAAAAGAUGUUCGUCCAUAUUUGACCAAAAUAGUCAACGAAAAUAAAGUUGACUUUAAUAAAGCUAAGGAAUUGCUAAACAUUGGCUAGUUUAUGAACCCAGAGGAUGAAUUCUAAAGUAUCAGGUAAAAUGGUGUGUUCACACCUCAGAAGUAAAAGCCAGAUAGUGAAAGAGUCCCAAGUGGAAUUAAACAAAGAGAGAUGACUCACACCCCUUAAUCAUAUAGCUAAUAAAAUCUAGCUGGAUAUUAAGCGGGAAGUCAAUAUUCAUUGAUUGGAACCCAAUAAAAACUUCAAAAAACUAAUACUUAGAGUCAGAGUAAACUAUUAUCUCAUGCAGUUAAUUAAUAACAACAAUAGCUUCAAGUUCUGCAAUCAUCUAUUGAACAAUUGAAACAACAGCAGUAAUGUCAUCAGAAAUAGCAAAGCUAAAUAGAGGAUAUGAAGAAGCGUUUGCAAGUUAAUUAAUGGUAACCAUCCAGCAAUCAAGAUCCUAAGAACGAUAUAAGAGGUUCAUAGGAAAAUAUUAGACAACCUCUUAUGCAGUCACAACAUUAGGCUAUUACAAGAACUCCAUCAGCUCAAGUUAAGACUGUAAAAUAAGAUCUAAUACCCAGCAAACAAGACAAAGAAAACCAACAAAGAACUCUUUCAGCUGGAUAUUAAACAUAAAGUACUAAUUAAUUCUCUCUCUCAGACUAGAAAUAUCAAGAAUACAUGAAAUCUCUAUAAAAACAUCAAAAGAGAUCAGGCUCCCAACCAAAUAACAUCAACAAUAAUUCAAAUAAUGGCACUAGCAUGCAAAAGUAAAUGGAGCUUAAAUCUGGAAGAUUACUUUCAACUUAGGCUACUAUAGAUGCUGAUUAAACUGUCGAUACUCAGAGAAAAUCAAGCCACCAAAGUGAUUCAAGGAGAGGUUAUGAUAUCAAUUAGAAGAGAGCAUCAUCUGCUUAAGUGAGAUAGCCUAACUAACCUCACUAUUCUUCAUCAUCCAACAAAUCAAGGCCAACUACUACAUCAAGUCAUUAGACUAACAAUUAUUCGUCGAGCAAUUAUAGAUAGCAUACUAAGUCUAAUGGCUUAACACUUAGCGGAAGUUCUAAGACUAUGAAAGUAAACUAGCCAAAGCUUGGCAUUAAUUAUUAGAGUACACCUGACAAAACAUCAAAUGGUCCAGCUACUCUAAAUUACAACAGAUCAGGAUAGAUCUGCUCUGCAAAUCAAACUCCCAAGGGCACUCACAAUCAAUUAUCAAGUAGUCUGAAAAAUCAAUUGCAUUCCUAAUAAUCAGCUACUCAGACUCAAAGUAAGAAAGAUAGCUCAUUUUCGACUCUCCAAUAGAAAAAUUAAGAUCUGAGAAAGAACUUUGCCAACUAUAUUCAAAAAAUUGAGAGUACAAAUCCAAGUAUUGGAUCAUAAUCGGCUUCAGUCAAAUCAGCGUCCCUCAAAUUAAAGGAAUAAAGCUCAACAAAGAAUUAGACUAACAAGUAUAUUCAAAAAUUUGAGAGUUAAAGUAGCAUCCCAACUUCAGCACAAUAACUUCAUCAAGGAAAUGAUAAUAUCUAAACUUAGCUUCUUAGUCAUUCUAAAAUGUUGUCCACCAAUUCAAUAAAUAACAAUCAUCAAUAAACUUCAUAGAACUAGCAAUAGUAGAAUAAAAAUCAUCUCUCCUACUCUUCCAUAUAUGCAAAGCUCAACCAAGCUUAGUAAAACUUUUCCCUGAGUCCACCAUCUCACAGUGCUACUAUGAGUUCUCAAACUCAGCACUAGCAACAGAAUAGCUAUCCAGUAAAACCGCAACACUCACAGUAGCUUUAACAAAAUAACUCAGCUGCCGCUACUUUGAUGAUGAAUGUGAAUAAAUCUUCAAAUAACUCAAUAAGUUUGAAUGUGAAUAACAGCCCUGCUGUGAAUUUGAUAGCCUUGCAAAUGCUAAAGAAUGCUCAGUCUCCCUAUCACAACAAGCACACUAACAACUAAUGA